AUGGCAGACUCGGGCUCAAAUCCUGAAGAGGGUUCGAUCCCCAACGAAUCGGUUCAAUCAGUUGGCCAGAGUUUCAUCGAGCCAACAGGCGAGGAAAUCAACGACACCGCCGUUAUUGACAGCUUCGAGGACACUGGAAAACCGUCCGUUCCUGUCGACGGGAACCAGGCCGCUGGACAAGGCGCUGCUCCACUACCAGGAGUGAGUGGUGCCGCCAAUGCUACUAAUACGGACUUUUUCAACCAGGAAAACUCGUUGAUUAAAGACCCAAAGAAAACAAGGCUCAUCUCACCGACGAUUCGACAACCUAGAGGAACUAAGAAGAUCAAGCCAAAAGUGUACAUUCCAGUGAUGAUUGGUAUCCCAACUCCGGUGCUCGUGAGGCCCGAAUUCGACCCCGCACUAGAUUUCAAUUUUUACGACCCUUCUCUUUCUCCGCCAUUGCCUAGCCCGUUCUUUGACUAUGGUUACUCUUCAGGAAUUGCGUCUCCUUGGAGCUCAAGUGGUUUCAGCAGUUCUACAAGCCCCUGUAUCUCCCCCUUUUUUUCUCCUAAACCCUGGCACGCCCCGUUCCAGGACUCCCUCAACUCUCAAAACCCCUCACCUAAGAAUGCAUUUACACCAAAACAAUCCUCUGAUGCCGGUUUACUAGCUCCUACGCCUCAAAUCGCCGAGAAACCAACUCAGACAUUGAACCCGAAGCCCAUUCCAAUCGCCAAGACCAGACCACCUCCGAUUAUCAAGCCAAAGCUGAUUCAACACUCACAACCAAGAACAGCUCUUAUUGUCAAGCCAAAGAAAGUUUCCAAUCCUAAGCUUAUUCCAAAAGCCACGCAAAAACCACCUCCUGCUGCCAAGCGAAGCUAUAGUGCCAGUGUUCGAGGAGUUCAAAAACCCAGACUAAGCCCAGUAAAAGCCCAGAAAAAACUUACCUACAGCGACAGUGUCAAGCGAUCUCUAACUGCCAACCCAGAACAAACCCAAAACAAUUCGUACUCAGCCGGCAAACAUUCCAAUCCCAGAAAGGAUAUCAAGAAAUCGUCAAAAGGGCAAGUUUAUAAACCCCCACAUCUCAAGAAGCGCGAAGCUGCUGAAAAAGCCGCUCAAGAGUCUGCCAAAGAAGCCGCCGAAAGAGCUGCUAAAGAGCCCACUCAUGUAGCAGCCGAAGAAGUAAGAAAAGAAGACCCUAUAGGUCCAGAAAACUCACCAAAGAAAAAAGAAUUUUUGGCGCUUUGUAAACCCUUCAGGCAGCCGGAAGAACCAAUUCUCUACCGCCGUGAGCCACUUCUCAAACCUCCGAUGCCUGCACAAGCUCCCAGACAAAUGGGUUUCGGUGUAAGAACUCACCAAUUAAUGUCACCGUUCCAGUUCUUCCGCGAACGACAGCAAGCUGAAAAGAGAGGGCUGGACAUGAGCACGCUGCUUCAAAAUCAAGCAACUUUGAGCCUUUUGCAACAACAACAGCAGCUCCUUACCGGCCAAGCUCCAAACACUGCCCAAACAAAUCAAGCAAAUCUCUUGCUUGCUGCCCAGCUGGCUCAGCUUCAGUCCCUUAUGCCUUGGGCUCCCGCAAUGGCACAAACUGCUCCCCCAGCAGACUUGUAUGCACAGCUAGGCGCUACUGCUCAACUGCUUAAUCCUUUUAUGGGCUUUCCAGCUGAUGGCAUGUACAAUCCGCUAGCAAUGAAUCCGAUGACAGGAUGGCCAGGCGCCCCGCAAUCUCAAAACCAUCGUCCAUCGCAAAAGACUGCCUCUCAGAAUGCAAAAAGCUCAAAGUCAGCUGGAAACAGAAGCCAACAGACGCCGAGCACUUCCGGCAAGUCGCCAUUUGGCAUGAGCGCGUUGGAGACUCAACUUAUCGAUAUUAUCAACGGACAAGCGCAGCAAGGAGAAGGCUCACAAAAUGGCGAGGAUACCGAUAGAUACUCGCGCAAGGUUUUUGUUGGCGGCCUCCCGCCUGACAUUGACGAAGAUGAGAUCCAGGCGUCUUUCCGAAAGUAUGGCCCCUUGGUUGUUGACUGGCCUCAUAAAAAUGAGUCUCGAUCGUACUUUCCCCCAAAGGGCUACGCCUUCUUGCUCUUCCAAGACGAGGUGUCCGUCCAUGGUCUUGUGCAAGUCUGCGUCAAGGAAGACGACAAAUUAUUCACGACCAUCUCCAGUCCCACGAUCAAAGACAAGGCCGUUCAAAUUCGACCUUGGAACCUAAGCGACUCAGACUAUGUGAUGGAUGGUUCGGCGCCUCUCGACCCGAGGAAAACUAUUUUUGUUGGAGGCGUUCCUAGGCCUCUGCGAGCUGUGGAAUUAGCGAUCAUUAUGGAGCGUCUCUACGGUUCUGUUUGUUACGCUGGAAUCGACACGGACCCCGAACUCAAGUACCCAAAAGGCGCUGGACGAGUGGCCUUCUCCUCGCAACAAAGCUACAUCGCAGCCAUUUCUGCUCGAUUUGUGCAGCUGCAGUACGGCGACAUCGAUAAGCGCGUAGAAGUAAAGCCUUACGUCCUCGACGACCAAAUGUGUGACGAAUGCGCCGGGCAGCGAUGUGGGGGCAAGUUUGCGCCCUUCUUCUGCGCAAACGUGAACUGCCUCCAGUAUUAUUGCGAGAACUGUUGGGCGUCUAUUCACGCACGGCCCGAGCGUGCCUUCCACAAGCCCUUGGUGAAGGAAUCCACCUACACGAGGUCGAACAGGACCAGCGGGCAGCAGCAACAAGCGAGUGCCCAAAGCGCCGCCGCCGCCACCCAAUCCCAACAAGCCAGCCAGUUCCUGCUCUCGUGA